UGCCCGCCGGCUCUCUCCGUAGCGUGAUCGCACGCCGCGGCCAAGGGGAGGGGGGGUCGCUACGUCGCCGACGGCGGGAGGCCGUUUCAGAGUGCAGAACGCCCCCCUCCCCUGCCGGUCUUGCCUGCCGCCCUGCCUUGUUCUCGCCCUGCCGGGCUGCACGCCGCCGCCGCGGGCGCCGACAAGCAGAGCGCGGACGCCCUGCGCCCGGCCCGGCCCGGGCCCCGUCGCGGCGCUUCCGUCCCCUCAGCCGGAGCCGCAACGCGCGGCGGCGGCGGCGCCUCGAGCUCGAGCGACCCGCGGCCGCCGGCGCCGGCCGAGGGCCAUGGGGCUGGGUUGAGGCUAGGCGGUGGCAGCGGCGGCCCGGCCCCCCGCGGCCUCUUGGCUGCUCUGGCCGGGAGGCCGCCGAGGAGUCGGCGCGGCGGCGCGGCCGAUCGGACAGAAACAUCCUAGAAUCUUGGUGUCUGGACAUAGGAGUUACCUUCAACUGUUGUGAAGCACAAGACAUUUCAGACCACUGUAGAUAUGGACAAAGAAGAAAGGAAGACUAUCAACCAGGGUCAAGAAGAUGAAAUGGAGAUUUAUGGUUAUAAUUUGAGUCGCUGGAAGCUUGCCCUAGUUUCUUUAGGAGUGAUUUGCACUGGCGGGUUCCUUCUCCUCCUCCUUUACUGGAUGCCUGAGUGGCGGGUGAAAGCGACUUGUAUUAGAGCUGCAGUUAAAGACUGUGAAGUAGUGCUGCUGAGGACAACUGAUGAAUUCAGAAUGUGGUUUUGUGCAAAAAUUCGCUUGCUUUCUCUGGAAAAUCACUCACUUUUUAAUCCAAAAUCUAUAGCUAAUAAGAUUUCAAAUGGCCAUGCAGUUCACUUAACUGAGAAUCCAGCUGAAGAGACUAGGCAUGAGAUGAGUAAAUAUUCAGAGACUCAAUCACAACAGAUUCGUUAUUUCACCCACCAUAGUGUAAAAUAUUUCUGGAAUGAUACCGUUCACAAUUUUGAUAUCUUGAAGGGACUGGAUGAAGGUGUUUCUUGUACGUCAAUUUAUGAAAAGCAUAGUGCAGGACUGACAAAGGGGAUGCAUGCCUACAGAAAAUUGCUUUAUGGAGUAAAUGAAAUUGCUGUGAAAGUGCCUUCUGUUCUUAAGCUUCUAAUUAAAGAGGUUCUCAACCCAUUUUACAUUUUCCAGCUGUUCAGUGUUAUACUGUGGAGCAUUGAUGAGUACUAUUACUAUGCUCUCGCCAUUGUGGUUAUGUCCAUAGUAUCAAUUGUGAGCUCACUGUAUUCCAUUAGAAAGCAAUAUGUUAUGCUGCAUGACAUGGUGGCAGCUCAUAGCACCGUGAGAGUUUCAGUUUGCAGAGUAAAUGAAGAAAUAGAAGAGAUCUUUUCUACAGACCUUGUGCCAGGAGAUGUCAUGGUCAUUCCAUUAAAUGGAACGGUCAUGCCUUGCGAUGCGGUACUUAUUAAUGGAACUUGCAUUGUAAAUGAAAGCAUGUUAACAGGAGAAAGUGUUCCAGUGACAAAGACUAAUUUGCCAAAUCCUUCAGUGGAUGUAAAAGGAAUGGGAGAGGAAUUAUAUAGUCCAGAAACACAUAAACGACACACUCUGUUUUGUGGAACAACUGUUAUUCAGACUCGUUUCUACACUGGAGAACUUGUUAAAGCCAUAGUAGUUAGAACAGGAUUUAGUACUUCCAAAGGACAACUUGUCCGUUCUAUAUUGUAUCCCAAACCAACUGAUUUUAAACUCUACAGAGAUGCCUACUUGUUUCUACUGUGUCUUGUGGCCGUGGCUGGCAUUGGGUUCAUCUACACAAUUAUCAACAGCAUUUUAAGUAAGGAAGAAGUUGGAGUAAUAAUUAUCAAGUCUCUUGAUAUCAUUACAAUUACUGUGCCACCUGCACUUCCUGCUGCAAUGACUGCUGGUAUUGUGUAUGCUCAGAGAAGACUGAAAAAAGUCGGUAUUUUCUGUAUCAGUCCUCAAAGGAUAAAUAUCUGUGGACAACUGAAUCUUGUUUGUUUUGACAAGACUGGAACUCUUACUGAAGAUGGUUUAGAUCUGUGGGGGAUUCAACGAGUGGAAAAUACCCGAUUUCUUUUACCAGAAGAGAAUGUUUGCAAUGAGUUGUUGGUAAAAUCUCAGUUUGUUGCUUGUAUGGCUACUUGUCAUUCACUUACAAAAAUUGAAGGUGUGCUGUCAGGUGACCCACUUGAUUUGAAAAUGUUUGAAGCCAUUGGAUGGAUUCUGGAAGAAGCAACUGAAGAAGAAACAGCACUUCAUAAUCGGAUUAUGCCUACUGUGGUUCGUCCUCCCAAACAGCUGCUUCCUGAAUCUACCGCUGCAAGAAACCAAGAAAUGGAGCUGUUUGAACUUCCAGCUAUUUAUGAGAUAGGAAUUGUUCGCCAGUUUCCGUUUUCUUCUGCUUUGCAACGUAUGAGUGUGGUUGCAAGAGUGUUAGGGGAUAAGAAAAUGGAUGCUUACAUGAAGGGAGCCCCUGAAGUCAUUGCCAGUCUUUGUAGACCUGAAACAGUUCCUGUUGAUUUUGAGAAAGUUUUAGAAGAUUACACUAAACAGGGCUUCCGUGUGAUUGCUUUUGCACACAGAAAGUUGGAGUCGAAGCUGACAUGGCAUAAAGUACAGAAUAUUAGUAGAGAUGCCAUUGAAAACAACAUGGAUUUUAUGGGAUUAAUUAUAAUGCAGAACAAAUUAAAGCAAGAAACCCCUGCAGUACUUGAAGAUUUGCAUAAAGCCAACAUUCGCACUGUCAUGGUCACAGGUGACAACAUGCUGACUGCUGUCUCUGUGGCCAGAGAUUGUGGAAUGAUUCUACCUCAGGAUAAAGUUAUUAUUGCUGAAGCAUUACCUCCAAAGGAUGGGAAAGUUGCCAAGAUAAACUGGCAUUACGCAGACUCCCUAACCCAGUGCAGUAAUUCAUCAGCUGUUGACUCAGAGGCUAUUCCAAUUAAAUUGGUUCACGAUAGCUUAGAAGAUCUUCACUUGACUCGUUACCAUUUUGCAAUGAAUGGAAAAUCAUUUUCAGUGAUACUGGAGCAUUUUCAAGAUCUUGUUCCUAAGUUGAUGUUGCAUGGUACUGUAUUUGCUCGUAUGGCACCUGAUCAGAAGACACAACUAGUAGAAGCAUUGCAAAACGUAGAUUACUUUGUUGGGAUGUGCGGUGAUGGUGCAAAUGAUUGUGGUGCUUUGAAGAGGGCACAUGGAGGCAUUUCCUUAUCUGAGCUUGAGGCUUCAGUAGCAUCUCCUUUUACCUCUAAAACUCCUAGUAUUUCCUGUGUGCCAAACCUCAUCAGGGAAGGCCGUGCUGCUUUAAUGACUUCCUUCUGCGUGUUUAAAUUUAUGGCAUUGUAUAGCAUCAUUCAGUACUUCAGUGUUACUCUCCUGUAUUCUAUCUUAAGUAACCUAGGAGAUUUCCAGUUUCUCUUCAUUGACCUGGCAAUCAUUUUGGUAGUGGUAUUUACAAUGAGUUUAAAUCCUGCCUGGAAGGAACUUGUGGCACAAAGACCACCUUCAGGUCUUAUAUCUGGGGCCCUUCUCUUCUCCGUUUUGUCUCAAAUUAUCAUCUCCAUUGGAUUUCAAUCUCUGGGUUUUUUUUGGGUCAAGCAGCAGCCUUGGUAUAAAGUAUGGUGUCCACAUUUAGAUGCUUGUAAUGUAACAAGAGGCCUGUAUUGGAAUUCUUCACACUUAUGCAAUGAAACUGAAACUGAUAAACACAGUAUACAAAAUUGUGAAAAUACCACAGUGUUUUUUAUCUCCAGUUUUCAGUACCUCAUUGUGGCAAUUGCCUUUUCAAAAGGAAAACCCUUCAGGCAACCUUGCUACAAGAAUUAUUUUUUUGUUGUAUCUGUGAUUAUUUUAUAUGUUUUCAUAUUAUUCAUCAUGUUACAUCCAGUUGCCUCUGUGGACCAGGUUCUUCAGAUUGUGUGUGUACCACAUGAGUGGCGCAUAACCAUGCUCGUCAUUGUUCUUGUCAAUGCCUUCGUGUCUGUCAUGGUGGAGAGCUUCUUCCUUGACACGGUCCUUUGGAAAAUUGUGUUCAAUCGAGACAAACAAGGAGAGUAUCGAUUCACCACCACACAGCCACCACAGGCCUCAGUGGAUCGGUGGGGAAAGUGCUGCUUGUCCUGGGCCCUGGGCUGUAGAAAGAAGACACCAAAGGCUAAAUACAUGUAUCUGGCGCAGGAGCUCCUGGAUGAUCCAGAGUGGCCGCCUAAACCUCAGACCACGACCGAAGCUAAGGCAUUCGUGAAGGAGAACGGCUCAUGUCAGAUCAUCACCAUCACAUAGCAGUGACCCAGUCUCAGUGGUGUACUAAUAGCAGUGUUCAGGAGAAUGUGAUUUCAGGAUUUCCUGAUCCUCUGUCAGAAUGGCACUAUUUCAUUGUAUGCCUCAUCUGAUACUACAAUAGCUGAUUUGAUGAAAACAUUACUUUAAAAAAAAAAAAACAAAAAAAGGUAUUGGUGACACAGUUAAAUUAACUACUAAUCUGUCUAUAUCUUUAUUCAGUAACCUAAAUAUUAUAUGCAUUUCCAGGAUUUUGAAGGCUACCUAAGUGAUAUUCUUUAUGUUGUGUACAAGGGAAAUUGGGUAUGUGGUAGGUUUUUAAGGCAUUAACUUUUGAGACUAGUUUGCCUCUUUAAAUUUAUUUUCACAACCUCCUUAUCAGAAAAAGGUCUGUUGUGUAUACAGGUCCUAAAUUUGUGAUUGUUAAAAAUAAAAUGGCUGUUAAUUAGCCUGCAGUGAAAACAAGUUGAAAAGCUGUUUUCAUUUGAAUCCACUAUUUUUUCCAAAGAAUUCUCUGUAAACAUACACCACUUCUCUUUGAUAGCUAGAGUUAGGAGUGAGUUUGUAUGGUGUUGCUUAUAGAAUAACUCAGGUGUUUCCAUUUAUGGCUUUAUAUUUUCUGUGCAUACUGCCUGGGUUUUAUUUCUCUAAUCAGCAAGGUGCUUCACUGCCUUCAGGAGAUGUCCUUCAAAACUGUUGAGUGGAUCUUGUGCUCUGUCUGGUGCCAGUCAUCAAAUUUACUUCACUUAAACGUUGUGGGCCUUUUUCACUGAAAAAAGAUUAAUUCUCUUAGCAGUAGAUGUAGAUCUAUCCUCCUAAUAUCUCUUCAUAUCCUCCCCCUUCGGAAUUUGAAUUGUUUUAAAUGUCUUUUUAUUUUUUCCAUUUUUAAUUAUCUAAAGACAUUGGCUAAUAGAGAGCUUUGUUUUUUGAGUUAGAACUUUCCCUGAAAGAUUUUUCUUUUAAGGUUUGGUGUAUGUCUUUUCUAUCAAUAAUGAGGCUUUUAAAAAUGAGUAUUGUGGAUUUGAAUGACUGUUACUUUUUCAAAACAAAUUGAACUUGGUAAGAGCUUGUUGCAUGCCAGUAGGUGGUGCCAGAGGUCAAAGCAUACUUUUUUUGUUGUUACAAAUGAGCUUAUUUGGUGUGGCAAUUUCUAGGAGAAAAAAAUUGAGGGAAUAAAGUUAAAGAAUAAGCAUUCAUUAAGCCAAAAGAAAUAUAGGCACUGUUUUUCACCUUUCUUUUUUGCCCAACGAAUGUUUAAAUUCUAAAGGAAUUUAAAGUAACUUUUGAAAAUGCCUUUAUAGGUAGGAUCCAGCAGUAUGGCAAGCCUACAAUUAUGACAGACAAAGGGAAUUGGUGUUGCUGUGUAAAAUAGACACUGUUACAGCAAUGUGACUCUAUUCUGUAUUCCUCCUUAACUAAUCACAUGCCACGCUUUCCACUUCUAGCUGAUCAUUUUCCCAAUACAUAGUUACCAGUUUAUCAAAUGUUACCCAGAAUUGUACAGCCAAAUGUUUCUUAUUCUUUAUGCUGCAAAGACCUGAAUGAUGUUUAAUAACUGUAGAAACAUGUAAAUUAUACUCAGGAUCACUGUUACUGCUAUUGCCACUGAUGACGAGUCUUACAAAAGUGUAAUUGAACUUUUCCAUCAAAAUGUAUAAUAAUACACAUUAGAUGAUAAAAACAGUUAAUCCAUGAAUGAUUCUAUGGAGCUAUGCAUCUGAGACCUCUUGAGCUGUGAAUUAGUGCUGUUCCUGUAACUAUUCUCCUGAAUGUUUUACAAUGUCCAUACUCACUUAUAGAAUGCCCAAGUGUCAUUCUUUAGUGAUUUCCAAAGUUGUGAAUUUUAUUCUUUGGUUUAAAUACUGAAGCAUAUAAUUAAAAUAACUGCUAAGUACAGCUUAAAAACUCCAGUUAUCAGUUGUAUUUAACAUCUUAAAAAGCAUGAUCAUAAAAGGCUAUUUUUCACACACACACACACACACACAUCCUUACUCCUUAACAUUUAGAGUUAAUAAAGGUUUAUAUCUCAUCUGUCCAUAUUGUUUUCAAAGGGACAGAAGUGUGGAAAAGCAUUUGGAGGAAGUUAGGGUUGAACAUAGACAGGGCAGGUUAUUCUAGUUGAGAAUAUCAUUUGAAGAAUGUCUGUGAAUCCAGGUGUGGGCCCUCCUCAGUGCCACAGGUAGACUGAGUCCUCUCAUAGGUCACCAGUACAUAGUAAUUUUGGUUCUGCGUUUUUCAUUAAAUUAUUUGAGUGUAUACAGACCUAACUUUUAAAAUCUGUACAUAUAUUAUUUUGAUGUAUUAAGAUUGAUAAAUAUUGCUGAUUUAAAUUUUAUUUAUGCACAUUCUUAAAGGACAGAAAUGUCUUGGGAAGUAAUUGUUAAAUAAUGAUAGGUAACUUUUUAACUUUUUAAAUAAAUAACAAGAUUUUUAAUGUGUGUCUCCCUCAGGGUUGUUUAAAGUGUUUCUGGUUUUUUUUUUUUUCCUCCCUCAAAUAUAAAUAGUGGUGACUAUGUUUUCUAUCUUCUAGCACCAACUGCUAUAAAGCAAUGCUGCAAAUAAUGCUUGAAUAAAAGUGGCUAAGCCAACAGCAAAAUAGUUUUUAUAGUAGUUUUAUAAUCCUUAAAUUGGAAAGCUUCCCCAAAUUGCACUUGAAUUUAAACAAAAUUAUUACCGUUUUUACUCUUAUUUUGUUUCCCAUGUUGAUGAAAGUACUGCACAGUUUCAGAGGCAUGGUAAAUAAUGUAUCAAUGUUUAUGUAGUCUGUUCCCAAAACAGCUAUAGAUAACAAUAUCCAGUGAAGAGAAAAAUUCAAGCUUUAGAAACCAUUCUAAUACUUCAUGCAUGCAAUUUUGAUUUAUCUGAAAAUAGGGUUUUAUAUAUUUAUGGUGGGAGGUGGUUAGGAACUUUUACAAAAUGGAGUAUUAAUUUUUGUACAGUCUGGGUAUUUACACAUUUUUAAUGUAUUAAAAUUUGGUAAUUAUGUGCACAUGAAAUUAAUAAAAUAGUUAUUUCCUGUUAUGAUUUGUGAAUUCCCUAAGACCUUGGAUUUUUUUAAGUAACUUUAUAUCAGAAAUGAUACUGCAUCUUUAUAUUUUUAAAAUUGUAUUGCUGCUCAAGAAUGGUACCCUGUUGUCAAAAGGCAUACAUUCAUAAUUGUACAUUCAGCGUUGUAAAUACCCUUAUGAAAUUUUUUUUGAUUGAAGCUAUCCGAAAUAAAAUUUAAAUGAA